CUGCUCAAACCUUAGUAUCUGGUUCUUUGUACUCGAAACAGCUGAUAAUAAGAGUGCAAUAGUUGCCUAGUCAGUUUACAAACAAAUCUCAAAGCAGAAGUACCGAUACGCGGAGCAGUACUCUAGAUCCUAGUCCAGCCAUGCAACCCUGCCCUUCAAUAUUGAUCGCCUUGAUAUUGGCCUUUGUGUUCCCAAAUCCCAGUUUUGGAUAUUCCCCGCGAGAAGAUGCCCUUGCCAUUAGAGAAUUCAAACGAGAGCAGGGUUUAAAUCAUGCCAAAAUCGCCAGGGAUUUGGUCCAUCGAGCUAACUGGGCGGCCUUGGGAAGUCUUUCCACCAAUAAACUAGUAGAAGGAUAUCCCAUGGUCAACAUUAUAUCCAUAGAUGACAGCGAUGCCAAUGGUAACUCCACUGGAAGGAUUCGCUUUCUGCUGACCGAUCUGGAUUUUACUGGACCCGACUGGCAAAAGGACAACAAGGUGACCUUGCUGUUCAGUGAUGAGCAGACCCUUAGGUGCAAGGAUGGCGGCAAGGAUCCCAUGGAGCCUACAUGUGCCCGCUCCAUGAUCAGCGGCCAGGUCCAAAAAUUGGAUCCCAGUGACCAAAGCUAUCAGCCCGCAAAGGAUGCUUUUGUUAGACGUCAUCCAGCUGCUGAUAAUUGGAUUAAAGCCCACAAUUUCUACCUUUGUGAACUGGAAAUUAGUAAUAUCUUUGUGCUGGACUUUUACGGAGGUCCCCAUAAUGUCAAGGCUUCAGACUAUUACGCUGUUUCAAAAUGAAGUUCUCCUCCAGAAGUAAACACUUGAUGCCUCACACUCUUUGUUUGCAAAGCGAUCAACAAAAAACAAAAAA